ACCGUUCAGUUCACUUGACAUCCCCUCCCGUCGCUUGGCUCUCGCGUGCACUCAGAUCGACGAUGUGUUCACCCACAUACUCAAUGCGAAAGCCCAGGGACACCUGCGUCACCUGCGCAGUGUCGCAGUGAGUCAUAGUGAAAUGAAUGCCAUAGCCUCCCAUGUCAGGCAGACACUGCAGCACAUGGGGCUGCUCAGCGAACUAGACCCGGCCAAGGCGUUCGACACCGUGUUUCAUGCACACGCCGAUCUGUGUGCACACCACUGA